ACGCGCAUGAAGCGUGGUUUCCGGUUUAGAAGCAUGACAGCAAAAAGAAGGGCCGACUUUCAAGUUCCCGCCGAAGAGAGCGACCAGCUCGUGAUCAAACCUUUACGGAAAAGUCGAGAAGUGAAGGGAACUUCAAAACAAGAUGUGAAGAGUACAAUAUUGUUCUGCAAUGUUCUUUCUAUACUUCAGAGUAUGGACCACUUUGAAGACAUUGGUCCCUCCAUAGUUCUGGCCAGCCCUGGUAUGAUGCAGAGUGGCUUGUCAAGGGAGCUCUUUGAGAGCUGGUGCACUGACAAGAGGAAUGGGGUCAUCAUUGCUGGCUACUGUGUGGAAGGAACACUUGCUAAGCACAUUCUCUCUGAACCUGAUGAGGUAAUCACCAUGUCAGGCAACAAGCUGCCUCUCAAAUGUUCAGUGGACUACAUUUCCUUCUCUGCCCACACAGACUAUAAACAGACCAGUGAAUUCAUAAGGAUACUCAAGCCACCUCAUAUUGUCUUAGUGCAUGGAGAAGCAAAUGAGAUGGGACGUCUAAAGGCAGCAUUGAUGAGAGAGUAUGAAUAUGAUACAGAGUAUAACAUAGAGGUGUACAAUCCUAGAAACACACAGACUGUGGAGCUUUACUUCAGGGGAGAGAAAAUGGCAAAGGUUGUUGGCAGUUUAGCUUCAUCAAAACCUACACAAGGACAGAAAAUAUCUGGCAUUCUUGUGAAGAGAAACUUCAACUAUCACAUCAUGGCACCAUCAGAUUUACAUAACUACACUGAGCUAGCCAUGAGUGUGGUUACGCAGAGAAUGAGCGUGCCAUAUACUGGCAGCCUUCCUCUUCUUCGCUAUUACCUCACUCAGUUGUCUGGGGAUGUAGAACAGGUCCAUAGUAUAGACAAACCUACACUGCAGGUCUUCAAAGUCAUCAAUGUGGUGUUUGAGCAAAGAAUGGUGGUGUUAGAGUGGACAGCCAGCCCAUUGAAUGACAUGUAUGCAGAUUCAGUUCUGAGUGUGAUACUGAGGGCAGAGAGGGACCCCAUGCCUCAAAAAAAUGUUCCCACGGCUGUGAAAGUGGACAAAGCCCACUUUAAGGAGUGUGUACUGGAGAUGCUAGAAGAAAUGUUUGGAAGAGACUGCUUCAGUCAGAUCAUGAAAGGAGAUAAGAUGGACGUCACUGUGGAUGGAAAGGUGGCAGCUGUCAACUUGGAUAAUUUAGAAGUUAAAUGUGAAGAGGAUGAUGUGUUGCAGCAGCUACUUCAGACAGCAAUCACAAAGUUACACGAGGCAAUAUCACCAGUGAAUAAGACUUAAAAUGUGAGAUAUUUCGAAACUGAAGUCGUCCGAGUAUGUUCUCCUCAUUAAAAAUACAAGGCAGAUAAAGUUAUCAUCAUCAUCAUUCGGUGCCCUGCUGUUCAAUGUUGGCGAUCAUGUCUAUCCACACAUCUCGGUCCCGAAUGGCUCUCAGCAAGUCAACCGUCAUCUCCAGUCCCAUCCAGGGCAUGGGCCUCCUUACUAGACGAGGUUUAUUUAUAUAAAUUCUUAUAAUACUGGAGUUUUUGUAUAUUACAUAUAAUACUUUAAUUUUGUGGCAUACUGCAGACAUUUUGAUGCAUCAAACUCUUUCUUACUGAACUGUAUGGACAUGCACUUAUGGCAUAAAUUUGUCUGUUCAUUUUAG